AUGCCAAAUUACAUAUUCUGGCCAUAUGGAUCCUUUUUUGAAAAUUCUACAGUUCGAGGACCUCGGGUGGCCUUGGCAAUUUCAUUUCAGAAGACUCAUUUUGUUGUCUUAGGUGUUUGCGAACCUCAGUAUCUUGAAGAAAUAAAUAUACGGUCCCCCUAUUCGGUAAUAGCCACGAAGGAUGCUGAGGGAGAGAACUGGGUCUACAAAGUUCCUGAUCCCUGUAACGUUCACUUUAGAAUACCCAAGCUGAAAUUUAUGCAAUUUUACUCAUCAGAUCCCAUAUCACUCAUCAUACCAGAAAAAGAUGUUGGUCUUCAUAAUAGUGUGGGUGAAACGUCAAACUUUUCCAAGUUGGAGGAACAUCCAAGGUAUAAGAGUGACAAUAAAAGAUUGAGUGAGACCUUGAACAUAAUUAACCUUUUCCCUGCUUAUAGUAGAGCAUUAAGUGAACUUUACCCAUUUAUUCAAACUUCGCAGAAAAAAUUGAGAGAUACUAGGCUUAGACGUAUCGCAGCCUGGUGUUCAUCUACUUAUUUCUAUAAAGCAGCCGCAGGAAUCAGUCUGUACAUGAUACUAGCAAUUUGCUCUAUUGCUAGCCUCGUAUCAUCAUUAUUGAAUUAUUCACAUUUUCAGCUGGUAAAUUACUCGGCAUUUAUACAGCAAAUAGACCUUCGCUGCCAACAGAUUUGCUACUUUCCAGUACAGUACCAGCGUAUUAAUAAAAAGGAUACUAUACAGAAAGUUGGUUCUAUGUUAAAGCAAGAGAAUUCUAAUAAUCAAACAUUAAAUUCGAGAAUGCCUUGUAAAUUCUACCCCGAUUAUAUUUUAUUGUAUAACACAGUUUGGCUUAUUAUUAAUGACAUUUCAUUUGGUCUGAUAUUUGGGGCUAUACUGACAGAAAAUCGAGAUUUUUUGGUGUCAACAUCGCAUAGAAUUCUGAAGUUUUUUCUGUAUGAUUUAUUAAAAACGAUAACUAUAAUGCUGGCAAGUAAUCCUUUUGGAAUCAAAUUAAAUGCAGAACUUGCAAACUUUCUCAGCGAAUUGUUUCUUUGGGUCAUAGAGUUUUCGUAUUCUGCCUUUAUAAAAUUACUUAUUGACCCAGAAACCUUAUCAACCUUACUCACGUUAACGAUAUAUAUGAUAUUUCUCGUUGGUUUUUCUUUUGGUGUUUCCCUGGCGAUCGAUUUUUUUGCAGUCUUAAGUUUCCCAAUAUAUGUUUUCUAUCGUAUCAGUAGUAAACUGUAUCAUUGUCAACUGAAUAUCAUGGCGAGCCUUUUUAAUCUGUUUUGUGGUAAAAAGAAGAAUGUUUUAAGGAAUAGGGUUGAUCACAACUAUUUUCAACUAGAUCAAUUGCUAUUGGGAACGUUACUAUUUAUUAUUUUAGUGUUCUUGACUCCUACUGUAAUGGCAUUUUAUAUGUCUUACACCGUUUUGAGAAUGCUGACAAUAACGAUCGAAAUAUUUUCCGAGGCUGUCAUUGCACUCAUUAAUCAUUUUCCGUUGUUCGCAUUAUUACUGAGAUUAAAGGAUCCCAAACGUCUACCUGGUGGUAUCUCAAUUGAUCUCAAAACUACAAAUUCUAAUAAGCAUACGAUACUAGAACUUCAAAAUAAUCCUAUCAAAUUCAAGAGUAUGUUUAAGCCAUAUAAUCUGUUGUUGGCGCAAAUAAGGGCAAACUAUUUUUCAUUUGCUACUGUACGACAAAUUAUCCGAGGGGAGUCUAUAAUGAUCAAUAGGCAUAAGCUAUAUUAUGUUCUAUAUUCUGCAUUGCCUAGUAAGCCGCUAGGUGUAAGAGAUUUAUACAAAAGACUAACCAUUCAAGCGUAA